UCAGCAAUAAAUCAUUAUUAUUCAGACUCUGUUCUCUUCUCAUGGCAUCCCUAUUUGCCGUCUCUGCUUCCUCUCAACUCAAUGAUCCUGGUCAGUGAAAGUAAUAACACUUUCUUUCAUUGCCAGAUUUUUUCCCCUCCUCUCCAGUUUUGUGUGGUUCCGUUGAAUAGGGUUUCCUGUUUGUGGCUUGUUUUAGAUUGGUACUUCUGGUUUCCCCUGUACGCAUGUGGUUGCAUCGUGAAUUUGGUCAACGGACUGUCCAAAUUCCCCAAGAUGAGAUUGAGAAUAGUGGCUAAAUUCUCACUUUCGCUUGGGAUUUUCUUAUUCAUCAAACCGUCCAUCGAAGAUCUGGGAAAUGGAACGGGUGCUGGACUCUGGUCUUUGGACAUGCGGGAAAGAGUUGUCCGGGAAAAGCUUGGCAGCGGGCUAGUCGUCGCCUCCAUGUUUCUGAACUUGCAACUACCGUCUUCGAGACAUCUACCAAAAGGCCAAGAAACAAAAGUUGCAAAACUUACUGAACACGGAAUGCUCAUACUGGUUGGGAUUGGUUAUGGUCUGUCCCUUCUGUGCCAUCAGAAGGAGAUGAAGUUCUAAUCGAUGGAACCAUCAGCUCAGAUCCCCCCGUAAUUAACCAAUCCAAUAUUUUGUAGGGUAUUUUUACACACUGUAAAUAACAUGAUAACUUUUUUAUGCUUUGCAACACCACCAAGUGAUGGUAUGAACUGAAGAAUCACUCACUGUUUUCUUCACUCGCUGCAAGCAACGUUCCUUCAAAUGUAGACUUUCUCGACUUUCGCA